AGAAGUGUGCUAGGUAGUCCUUUUAAAGGUGCAGGAGCGUUGUACGGUAGUAGAAGCAGAAGCGAUUCCCUCGUACAUGAGGACUUGGAAUCCGGAAAAACGCCUGUGGUUGUCAAAGAUAGGUCAAUCACGGUUGACUCCCUUGACAUUGCGCUGCCUGGGAGCGUGCAGAAAUCAGUAUCAGGCAGGGGACUAAACCAGCACGGGUCAUCGACUCCAAGGUCUCCUUCCACCAAGGAUGCCGCACCUCUCAAUCAAGCUAUUAAACCUGCUGAAAAGAGGCAGAAGAAGAUUGUCAGUGCUUGGGAACAAGAGAGCGACUCUAAAAACAAGGAUCGAAAGAAAAAUAUCAAGAAGGACAAGAAACAGACCAGCGGAGGAGACAAACGAGGACCUGCCAGUAGCUCCCUAACUUCCCGGUCACGCUCAGACGUACUGCAGACAGCCUCUCGCACAUCAAAGAGCCAGCAACAACUCAGCAAGGUCAACAAAGACCAUUCUACAAGAAGCAAUUCCACUUCCACUCGCAGCAAGCAGGAGCAACUCUAUGCUGCGGGAUACGACAAUGACCAGUCCUUCCAAUGGGACGCGCCUAGCCAAGACAGACGUCCGCGACAUCUCAGACGUGUGAUUACCACAGCAGAAGAGAUGCAAGCAUUGAGAAAGCGUAGAUUUGAUGGUUUUGCUGGUACCUUUUCUAUAGACCGAAUGCGAGACAUGCAGUAUGAAGCUGGGUUGCAAGGUGCUUUGGGCCAUAUGUACGAUGUCGACGGCUUCGAUUUCAAGCAACGUCCUGGCACUGAGGUUGUAGCGACUGGCGAUGUCAAUUAUCGCAAACCCAAACAUUUAGACGACAGACCAAGAACCAAAGAGGAGAAGAGGAAAGCGAAGAAGGCACAGAAAGAAGCGGAGAGGAAUGGGACGCCUCUACAACCUGCUACUUCUGGUGCAGGUGGUGGCGGAACAAUG